AAUAUCAACUCAACUAAUUUGAAUGGAGGAAGACUUGUUGGACAGACGACGGUAUGUCCUCAGCGGCUUUGACGACUGCUGCCCCUCCGACACCAUCUCCAUGUACAUCCACAGCUGCAGCCACGGGGCGGAGCACAGCUGGGAGGCUGUGAGUGGGGACAGCAUCGUGGUCACAUUUGAAGAGGACAUAGAUGGUAACCAAUUCAUGCAGACAACUUUAACCAAGAGGUUUAACAAAAAAAGGAUUGAGGCUUGUCCUUUGGAACUGACCACAUCUGUUAUUGUACAAGGAGACAUGAGUCAAAUUCCUGAAGGAUUCCUUACACUGUAUUUCUCCAACCAGAGGAAAAGUGGAGGGGACAUAAUUAAGUCCUUUGUCCAUGUGAACCAAAACAAAAGCAUUGUAAUUACCUUUGAAGACUGGAAGGUUGCUCAGAUAGUGGCUGAACGCAAACACACUCUGAUGGAAAAAGAGCUUGUUGCACAACUCUUCUACCCUGACCUCCAGUGGGUUCUGAAAGAAAAUACACACCAACGGUCAAAGUUCUCAACUGAUACAGCCAUUUUAGUCCUACCCGAACUCCUGAGUUUUAUCAGUCACACUGAGAUAUUCAGAGAAGAGCUUACAUCUGGACUUCAAAAGGUCCAUGCAAUGGUUUCCUUCAACAUUAUCUCCAAUCACCCACAAUUGGAGCUGAAGAUGUCAAUGAACAAGUAUUUAUUGGGCCUGCUCCGGCAUGGCCCCUCCUGGGAGACUAAUGCUCGAAGAGAGGUUCAGACCAUCUUGGAGAGGUACAUUGUGGAGCACAUUCCAAUGGAGGCUGAGGUCUGGCAGGCAGUUAAGGGUAGUUGUCCGGAAGUCAAUGUGGCUACCGCCCUCAUCUCUUUUAAAAUCUGCACCUCAGAGUUAGUGGUUGUCAGGAGACGGUUGGAUUUGGAGACUUUUGUGAAAAAGAUCAUGAGCAAGAUGGAAAAGGCGAGAGACGAGCUCCAAGUAGUGAAAAGCACCAUAGAUCUCAAGGCGUUCAGCGAAAAGGUGCAAACAGCACAAACCCUGAUCCUAAAAAUCCAAGAUAUGUUGACUUUCAAAAAGCUUGAUUCUUCCUAUAACCUUACAAGGUUUUUGCAGCCCCUUGACUUACAGAAGUUCCAAAAUGAUCACUUUACUCAGGACAACAUUGUGGCCGUGGUGAUCUGUAGCAACCAGUCGGUCACAGUUCUCGCUAAGAAGGGUGACAUUGACAGAGCUGAAAAUAAACUCAAGGAGGUCAUCAAGCAAGAAUCUCUCUAUAUUUCCGGAGAAUACAAUAAGGAAACCUUUGGUGAGCAAUGGAAAACCUUUCAUGCAGACCUAAAAAAGGAACUUGAAUCUACCCAGAACUCUCAAAAUGUUCUCAUCAAAUUUUCAGGAGACAAAAUUGACCUUUUUGGAUUCCGUUCUGUGGUCGAUGAUGUCAUUGCCCAGGUUAAGGGAUUUCUUGAGAACAAGAAAGUAGUGACAGAAGACGUCCCUCUGAAAACGUGGCAGGAGGUUGAAUUUGUUGAGUCUUUCAUGAAAUUCUCAGCGGAUCCUCAGCUCAAAGCCCUGGGGGUCACCAUUUUACCCUGCCGAUCUCCACAAUCUCCAUGUCUCAAAGUCACAGCUACAAGUGAUCAAAUCAAAGAAGCCAUAAAUGUGGUGAAUAGGCACAUAAGAACAGUAGAAACUAGAAAUUGCAUGUACUCAAAAGCUGGUGAGGCAAAGAUCCUGAGAAAUAAUAAAUUGAUGCUCAUAAUGCAGGCAAAAGCCUUGGGCUGUAAUCUCAAACUAUCAGAACAAAAUAUCACUCAGCAGUUCAGCUAUGAUCUCAAGGGCGGUGUGACAUUGACACUUUCUCAGGGUAAUAUUGCCAAAGAGUCUUCUGACGUUUUGAUUUGUCCACUGGUCAACAUGUCUUUCAACAAUCCUGUUGCACAGCAAUUCCUACAAAAUGGAGGACCUGAGAUUAAAAAGGAUGUUGACGCACUUGAGAAGGCGAAGCAGAGUCUUCUGGCCGGAGAUGUGAUCAUGACCAACGCGGGCACUCUGAAAUCCAAAAAGCUCAUAUGUGCAGCAAUCCCAGUUUGGGGAAAAGAAUAUUCAGAUCUGAAAUCUACAAACCUUGUGGCAGCAGUCUUCCAUAGCCUUUUAAAGGGUGCCAACAAUAGUUGCAUCUCAGUUGGAAUGCCAGCACUAGGAUGUGGAACUUUUGGGUUUCCAGUAAAAGACAGCUGUGAAGCAAUAAUGAAGGGGAUAAGUAGCUUCAUUAGUUUGGGUUGUGGAGCAAUGACCACCAUUCAUCUGACUGAGUCUGAUCCCAAAACAGUUGAAGGAUUUAAAUCUGCCCUCGAAAGCUUGGGUUACCAUCCAACAGAUCCCACAAAAACCCAAACAGCACUCAAUACUACCUCAACAGUGAUUGGAAGAGUCUCUGUGAUCUUGAAGAAGGCAGACAUCACUAAGGAGAACGUAGAUGUCAUCGUGAAUUCAAGCAACCAGAAUCUAGAUCUGAACACUGGUGUGUCUGGGGACAUCCUUAUUGUAGCUGGACAAUCUGUUGUGGAAGAAUGCAAGAAACACGGUCCACAGACUUUUGGCAAUGUUGUGCUAACGGGUGGUGGAAAUCUGAACUGUAAACAUAUCGCUCAUAUUCCUGGACCUGUAAAGAUCAGUGCAGUUAUACUGAAAGUCCUUCAGCUGUGUGAAAGCAAGCAAGCUGCCACCGUGUCCAUUCCUACCAUUGGCAUAGGUAUCGAUGGCUGUCUCCCUGAAGAUUUUGCCAAGGCGAUGCUACAGGGUGUGAAAGUGCAUUUAUUAUGCACUCCCUUCUCCAGCCUUAAAACAAUCUUUAUACUGGCCUUUGAAGACAGGAAUUAUGACGGCAUCAAAAAGUAUUUCAACAAGCCGAGUAAUGGUAAAAACCUCAGGGCCGGCACACAAAUAACUGCUGUUCCAGUAAUCACACAUGACCUACCUCCGAAUCAAGUUAAGAUUAAGGAUGCCUUGAUUGAACUGAAGAAAGGAAAUAUAACUGCAGAAACCGUGGAAGCCAUUGUCAACAGUACAAACGAGGAUGUUAACUUAAAAAAUGGUGUGUCUGGGGCCAUUUUAUACGCUGCUGGGUCUGCAGUUGAAGAUGAGUGUGCCAAAAUUCGACCACUGAGCGGCAAUGAUGCAAGAUUGACCAGCGGAGGAAGCCUGCAGUGUGACUUCAUCAUCCACAUAGUAGGCCCGAGAAAUAUUGAGCAGGCUGUUGAGCGUGUGAAGAAUGUGCUGAAGCACUGCGAGAGUAGAUGGAUCACCUCCGUGUCAUUUCCUGCCAUUGGAACUGGCGGUGGUGGAAUGAUGUUCCCAGAAUCUGUUACUGCCCUGCUGUUAGGCAUUAAAGCCCAUUUAUCGAAGCAUGAAUUCAGUGCUCUGAAGCAGAUCUUCCUAGUGGUUGACCAGGUCCAGGCGAUGCAAGAGGGCCAGCAGGUCCUCCGUUCCUGGACAAGGAUGACACAAGAUACGGCUGAUGAUGACGACAGCAGUAAUGCCUCUUCCUGUGAGGGAGAUAGCUCAGCAACCACUGCUGAAAUCGGGCCGGUGAAAGUGAAACUGUUGUGUGGAGACAUAACAGAGGAAAAAACGGAUGCUAUCGUCAGUAGUACCAACACUAGCCUGAAUCUCAAAUCAGGUGUGUCAGGAGCUAUUCUCAACGCAGCUGGAAAAGCAGUGGUUGACGAAUGCACCAAUAUAGGGAAUCAACCUGGUGAUGGUGUGGUCAUCACCAAACCUGGCAACCUUAAGGUAAAAUACAUCAUUCACAUGGUGGGCCAGACCAAGGAGAAAGACAUCAUCAGCUCCAUGCUGAAGGUCUUCAAAAUGUGCGAGGACCAUCAAAUCCAGUCGGUUUCCUUUCCAGCACUUAGCACAGGGGGUGGAAAGCUGCAUGCAGUGGAUGUUGGAAAUGCAAUGGUGACUGCAGUAGAAGAACACAUAGAAAGUACCAGAACAUCGUCCAUCAAGGAUGUCCAUAUUGUGAUUUUCCAAACCGACAUGUUCCAGGACUUUCGGAAGAGCUUUAUGAAGUUUAAAAUAAGUUCCCCCCAGGGAUGUCUGGCAAGUGCCUGCGGGGAUGUGUCCUUCCCCAAAGUGAAGGUUGAGAUUCUUGGCUGCUGUUUGAGUGACCUGGCAAACGUCAAAAAACUUGUGGAUGACCUGGUGACGAAAGAGUGGAAGAUGCACCAGAUCAGCUCCUCCUACCUGGCCCUCCUCCUCCCCUCAGAGAAACAGGCCAUCGUGGCUCUCAGCCAGAGCCUCCAGGUGUGCGUCAGUGUGUCGGCCCCGGACAAGGCCACCGUGUCUGGGAAGGAGGCCGACGUCCUGACCAUGGUUCUCGAGAUCGUGAAGGAUCUGCAAAAGGCCAAGGAGCGUGCGACCCGGCAGGAAGAAGAGAAGAGGCUGUGGAAGACGGUGCGCUGGGAGGUCUGCGCAGAACUAGACCCAUCUGUCAGUUUAGAUCUUGAGCACGCCUUGCAUAAGAAAGUGCCAAGCAUCAGCUACACCCUGCAGAACCAGACCUACACUGUGAACCUGGACAAGAUGGAGCGGGCCGACAGGAAUGGAAGCAUCGCUAGAAUAAAGAGGACCCUGAAGGCUGGUUCUGAAAUGGUUGUCAUAGAGCCACCAACAAAUUGGGACAGGAUGGAUGACAAGACUCUGGACAUAGUGGAUCUGUCUCCAACCUCCCAACAGUACAAACGGGUUCAAGCUAAUUUCCUGGAAACAUCCAAAAAUCCCAAUAGUGCCACCUCUGCAACAUUUACAGUGGUCAAGAUCCAGAGGAUUCAGAACAAAGACCAAUGGCAGAGAUACGCUGUGAAUAAACAGAUGCUUGACAAUCAAUAUCCCCUGAACAUGAAUGAGAUGGACCUUUACCACGGCACAACAGCUGAGACUUGCCAAAAGGUCAACAGUAAUGGCUUCAACAGAAGCUUCUGUGGAAAAAAUGGCACUCAGCACGGUAACGGAACCUAUUUUGCCAAGCACUCCUGGUUCUCAUGCAACUACAAAUACUCUUACCCGGACGCCCAGGGGCUGAAGUACAUGUACCAGGCUCGGGUGCUGGUGGGGAAGCCCUGCCUGGGGAUUCCUAACAUGGUGGAGCCAGCCCCCCUGGACCCCAGUAAUCCCCUCUGCGGCCUCCACGACUGUGCAGUAAAUAACGUCCAGAAACCCACCGUUUAUGUGGUGUUCAGCGAUGCAGGGGCAUACCCCGAUUACCUCAUCAGCUUCAAGGAGUCUUGACAAAGCUGCACUCCUUCUGUACCUUUGAAGGGCUAACAAAUACAUUCUUUAUUGAAUUGAAUUGCACUCAACCGCAUAUAUUUUAGAAGGAUACGUGUAGUAACAUGUUAAUUAUAUUACAAAAUAACGCGGGAAUAAUAAUUUGUGUGUCUAUCUCAAACAAUUGUAUGUGUUCUUUAUUUGACGUCUUUGUCUAUGCCCAGAGAUACCUAGUUUAUACGAAAUAUUACUCAAAUUACCUUCAAAUCGACCAUUGUCAAGCACUUCUCUUUGCAGAUUUUUGAUAGGUAAAACGAUCAAGGGUUAAUAUUUUUUUCAGGUAUUGCUUCGUCAUUUAAGUUUUUAUAUAUCUUUUAUAUAAUCCAAUUGAUAGUUGAAAUUACAUCUAAAUUGACCGUAAUCUUUGCACUAUAUCAGUGCAGGGCUGCCAAGUUUCAAAAACUCCAGCCAAUCAGAUCGUUUUAAAACCUGUUCCUAUCAGAUCACUUUAUAUAGAAAUAAGUAAAGUGUGUGUUCAUAUGCUCAAUGUUAUAAUUUCAUGUUCUAAAUUGGUUUGGUUUAUUUUCAACAUGUGGCACUUCAAACAAUCA